GCGGCGCGGUGAGGAGGGGCCGCGCGGGGCCGGGGGCGCGCAGAGCGCAGUGGUCGCCGCCAUGUUCGGGGGGCUCGGCAGGUGCUUUGAGGAUGAUCCCUUCUUUAGGGAUCCCUUUGCUGCCCACCACGAGCACAUGAGGCAGGUGAUGAGGAGCUUCUCGGAGCCCUUGGCGCGGGAUCCGUUCCUGAGCCUCCCGGAGGGAAGGGAGAGAGCGGACGGCCGGGCCCGGCAGGACUCGCAGGUGGCCCCCAGGGGAGCUCGCAGGGCCACCAGCUUCUCCCUCAUGCCCUUUGCAGGUUUUGGGAGAGGGCAGGAUGCAGAUUUUGGGGAUCCAUUUUCUGCAAUGGACAGGAUGAUGUCAAACAUGAGGAACAGCAUGCUGGAAAUGCAAAGGAAAUUUGAUGACCUGUCCAUCCAACCUGAAGGACACACUUUCAGCUCCUCCUCCAUGAUGACCUAUUCCAAAAUGGGGGAUGAACCUCCCAAAGUUUUCCAAGCCUCCACCCAAACGCGCACGGCUCCGGGAGGGGUUAAGGAGACAAGAAAAGCACUGAAGGAUUCCGAAAGUGGUCUGGAGAAAAUUGCCAUUGGUCACCACAUUCAGGAUCGGGCUCACGUCAUCAAAAAAUCCAAGAACGCCAAGACUGGGGAUGAGGAGAUGAACCAAGAAUUCAUCAACCUGGAUGAAUCUGAGGCUGACACCUUUGAUCAGGAGUGGCAGAAGGAGAUCAUGAAGUUCAGGCCUUGCCGGAGCAGAGGAGCUGUGGAAGCUCCGAGAAGCAGAAGUGCCCAUUACAGUCCCAGGGAAAAUGCAUCAAGAAGGGAGAGGCCGCUUGGAGCCCCAGGAUCCAGAAUGCCCAGGGAUUCCUUGGAGACUCUCAGUGUGAAAGGAACACAGGUCCCCCUGAAGAGCUCCAAGAAAUAACUGUCCCCAUUCCCUCGGGAUGGAGAUCCCUGGAGCAGAUGAUGGUGCUCAGUGCUCGUGUCCAUAAAAUACACCUGGAUUUGUGACCAAUCUCUGUUCUGUGUUGUGCCUUUGCUCCUCCUGCUCCUCAGCGUCCUUCAAACCUCAGCUCCUCAGUGAAUUCAAACCCAGCAGCUUUCUGCCCAGAAGCACUUUAUGGAACAUCUCCAGUCCUGCUAAAACCAGCUUGGAUUUGCAGAGUUGUUCUGCUCCGGCUGCACCAAUCUCAGGCUUUACUAAGCCUGGUACUGCAGCUCCUCCUUCCCACUCUAAUUUGCACAGAAAGUAAAUUUCCUUUAUUUGGGGUUGCUGAAAUAAUUGCUGUUUUUCUAGGUUAAUUAAUAGAACUUGAAUACACUUUAAAACACUAUUCUCUAAAAUUGUAUUUUAAAUUGUUUCAGAACUCCCCCACUCACCUGGGUGGAACAUGAAGUGAGAGGAAAUACUGAAAUACGACAAUAUUUUAAAUUUAUCAGAGUUUUUAUGUUAAUAAGCUGUGCUUGCACCUCAUUUCCUGUUCCUGUACUGUCAGCUUUGCAUUCCUCAUCCUUUGUUUUUUUUCUGUGGAGUUGGCCCAUCAUUUUCCAUUUGGAGCAUUGUCUGUAGUAUUUAAUUACUUUAAUUAUCCUGUAGUAAUAACAGCGUCCUGAGAUCAGCUGUAACUAGGAGUUACCCAUGGGAAAAAUACCUGGGAGAAAUGAGUUUAACUGGAAUGAUUUCACCCUUUUUGUGUUCUAAGGAGCCCUGGAUACAGGAACCCCUCUCCUUUCUGUGUUCUUUGUGUUUUACUGAGGGUGGAAUGACCCUAAAUCUACAUUUGAUAGUUUAGAAGAGCCAGCAGUGUCUGAGAGCAGGAAAAUCCUGGGAUUCCAGCUGUUCAGUCCCUGUGCUGUUCUACCACACAGAAUUAUCUCUGUGGUGUAGCAGAAAGAAUUUCUGUAAAUUAAAUAACAAAUUAAUUUAAUAACAUUAAAGCAUUACAUAAAUUCAAGGCUCCAUUAUGAUGUAGUCUUUAAAAUUACUGUUUGUUUGUAUGAUAAAAUAGGAUUUAAAGAGUAAUAUUUGUUUGACCAAAAAGCCAAAUCAUAUUUAAUCUCCCUGCAGUUUCCCCAGAUUAUUUUAUUUUAAUAAAUUAAUGUUUAUUAAUGUGCAAACCCAAUCAGCAGCACUUUUGUUGAGCUCUGAAAAGGGAGGGACAAUUACUUGCUUGUGAUCUCUUCCCGAAUUAGAGAGGUAUCAGUGGCAAUAUUAAUGAGUGAUCGAUAUUAAUGGCAAUAAUUGAACCAUUUAAGGUCAGGGGGGCUCGGACACCCCCUAAAAUCAGACCUUGACCCAGGGGCUCAUUUCCCAUCCACCAGAGACAACGUGGAUUCUGCAAUUAACUUACUAGAUAAACGCAUAAUUAACAGCAGCAAUGAUUUCUAUGCUGGAAUUUGAGAAGGAAUCUUGGAGAGCUGCUGCUGUUAAAUGGAAAGUUCACCCGCUGUCUCAGAUUUUUGUGUGAAAUAAAACAAGCACAUCCUGGAUCUUGAAAUGGCAGUGGGGAGAGGUGAAUGUUCCCUCCAGAUCCCUUUGCUACACCAAGAAUGUUCUCCAAUGUAAGACACAAGUUGUGCUCUGUAAAAGCAUCUGAAAUUCUUUAAUAAAGUUAUUUAUUAUUUA